UCACAUCAUCAAACCGCGACGGAUGUCCACAUGGUGGCUCGCUAGUUUGCGCUCUGUAAAACAUGGCGGUUAAUAUAUAAAAGCAGCCCCACAAGACUAUGAGGUAUGAAGACACAAGAAUAUUAAUUCAUCUUGAGUGCACCUUUUAGGUGGUUGUUUCACCAUGGCCAAGCAGUGGAGUGAAGGACACUCAACGCCCAUUUUGUGUGUCGGCACGUCUCCAGGCGCCGAGGGAUUUGUUGCUUCAGGCUCGGAGAGCGGCGAGGUUGCUGUUUGGAGCCAAGAAGGAAACGUCGUAGGCAACCUCAAGCUCUCAGGUGAAGAUGACUGCACCAGCGUGGUGUUUUCUCCCGCAGGCCUACUUUACGCCUCGCACGGUGACGUCGUGAGCACGCUUGAUUCCCGAAACCUAAAGGGCGCCGUGGAGGAGUUUGGCGGCGCCGGAGAGGAGGAGAUCAACUGUCUGGCGUUGAACGAGACGGCUUCGGCUUUGGCCGUGGCUGACGACUCCGGGGCUGUCAGGAUACUGGAGCUUCCUGGGAAGAAAGUGUGCAGGAUUCUCCGCAGGCACACUAACAUCUGCUCCUCUGUGGCUUUUCGGCCUCUCAGGCCCAACAACCUGGUGUCUGCUGGACUGGACAUGCAGGUGAUGCUGUGGAGUCUGCAAAAGACACGCCCCCUUUGGACCCUCAACCUCCAGGACAUAGCAGAGGAGGAAGAUGACCAUCAGCAGCGUCCCGGUCAGCUUUUUAACCCGCCGCUGGCCCACUGUGUGACUGUGGCCGGCUGUGGAAACAUUUUGGCGUGUGCCGCAGAGGACGGUCGCGUGCACCUGCUGCGUGUGGGCAGCGGCUCCAAACUGGAGCAGCAGGGGGCGUUCAAGGCACACUGUCAGGGAGCCUCUCAAGCCCACUUUGUCAAUUUCUUCUCCCAUCCUUACUGGCUGGCCACUGGAGGGAAUGACGGGCAUGUGUCUCUGUGGGACAUCAGCAAACACCCCGUGCUGACACCAGAGGGGGCGGCCGCUUCACACAAAAAGGGGAAGUACAAGGCAAAGAAAAAAGAGAAAGGUAAAGCAGAGGCACAACAGAAGAGUGAGGCAGAGAAAGAUUCUGGAGCGAAAGUGAACAUCGAUCACGGGGACAAAAUAAACUGGCUAUGUCCUGCUUUGCUUAAAGGAAGGCCCAGUUUACUUGUGGCAGAUCAGAGUUCCACUCUGACAGUCUACCCCCUGUCUGAUGUAUAGACCACUCUAUUCAAUAUAGAGUUUCCACUUAAGCGUGCUUGGACUAUAGUCUUUUUAUUCUCCGUCUCCUUCCUGUUUGACUGUUUUUCUCCAACGUACAUAACAGGAAAUGCACUCUUGCAGCCUGGUAAAACAAAGCAAAAUGACUCGUGCAAUUCUGUGAUGAACAGGACGUUACUUAUUUGUUCAUGUCCAUGGCCCAGGAUGCAUCAGUGAACGGCUAUUUAACUGGCGGCACAUGAAUGACAUCACAAGUUGGAUAUUUGGAGUAAUUUUUUCAGCAGCAUGCUAAAAAUAGUCUGCUUUUAUCAUAUAAUGGAUCUUUGACUAGCACUGUUGCUUUAUUUGUACAACGAAUAUUUCUUUGGCCAAGAAUAAAGCAAAAGUCAAUCUUAA